AGGUUUAUUUUAUCGCAUAGGAUCUUUCAUGAACGGCUUUGGGUUAGGUUUCUGUGCUGAAUUGAUGAUCAACAUGUCAAUCGUCAGUUACUGUGAAAUUCUUCAUUAUACCUUUAUGCUGGGGUUUGGUUUAUCACUUCUUUGGUUCAUACGUUCAAUGUGCAAGGGAAGACAUUUCAUGGAGGGAAUUGUAAGCCCAAUUAUAUUUAUUUUUGUAAUCGAGUGUGUGCCCUACAGAUCAAGAUCAUCUUAUUCUAUGCUGUCUUAUGUAGCACUGUUUGCAGGAUGUGCCUGUUGUGCAAUAAUCUUCAAUGAAAAGUAUGUAUCAAACCUUUUUGCAUGUACUUACAAGCUUAUCUUUGUACAAAAGGUAGCACUAGAUUACCAAGGGUUAAGAAAGGCUCUCAAUGUCAAAUUCUCAAGUCUCACAUUGGGCAUUCUAGACUUUGGAGGUGAUAAAGAAAACUUAGCAUACCAUCAUCUCUUCUACAGAAAUCAAGCAAUAUAUGUUAUUGUAUUCAACCUUGCACAUUUUGCCGCCAGCAAUUUCCAAUAUAUAGAAGCAAAAAUCCAAAGAAUUUGUUUCUGGUUGGAAUCCAUCCAUAGCAAAGUAGCACCAAAGGCACCAAGAAUCUUUCUUGUUGGUACACACAGAGGAAACAUGAGUAGAGCCUGCCUUGGUUAUUUGAAUAAACAUCUGCAACAGAGCCUUUGGCAAACCUUUUCUAAUGAUCUGACAAUGAACGAAGAAGAUAAGUUGAUGUAUUUUCCUGUGGAAUCCAAGGAUGGAAUUCAUGAUAGAGGAAUUAAAAAUCUUAAAAGGACAAUGACCCUCAUAGCUGAGGAAAACAAGGCAACUUUGGGACAGACAAUUCCAUUUUCAUGGAUUAAAAUUCAAGAUGCAAUCAUUAAUUUGUGGGAGAAUGGUAGUGCAAAGUUCUGUGUAUCCCUGGAACAUUUUCCAACUUCAUUUAGAGACUUUAUUUGCAGCAACUGGUCUAAGGAAACUUUGAAGUAUUUUCAUGAAAAAGGCCUUGUAAUUUACAUAGACAAAGGUGAGAAUUCAGUCAUCUCUGAGUGGGUUCUUUUGAAGCCAUCACUUCUAGUUGACAUCACAAUUCAACUGAUCACUCCAAAAACAGAUGAUGAAUUAUUUUCACAGCAUGGGUUCAGAAAGGAGUGGACAUUACUACGCAACAAGGGAAUGCUUACAAAUUCCCUUUUGAGGCACAUUCUCACUAGAAUCCAAGAGAAUGAAGAAGCUAUGACUGGCUUUCUUGAGGAAUAUGGCAUUAUUUGUCCCUUAUUUUACAAGGUUAACAAUGACAUGACAGAGGCAAUAGUAACACAUUUUGUUCCUGCACUGCUUCCAGUUUCAGUGAAUGGGAAUGCAUCGGUUUGGAAUGAUCAUCCCACUGACAAGCGGCUCUAUGUGUUCUUUGAAAGGUUCCUGCCAGAACCUCUUUUCCAUCGUCUCCUAUCACGUGCUCACCAACUUAGCGAAAAAAACUUCCCCAAGGGCCAGCCUCUCAUAAGCAGACAUGUUGGCAGGUUUUGGCUAACAUCCACUCAGCCCUAUAGGCUGCUGCAUCUUAAGGAAGAGAAUAUAAUUGAAGUGACAUUUAGCCACAGAUGUGAAGCAGCUAAUGAGCAUCCUUCAAAUGUGUUAAGUCAAGUGUUUGGCAUGGUCAAAUGGCUCUGUUGGGGGCACUUUCCACAUGUCAAGUUUCACUGCGGCCCAGCCUGCCCCUCAGAGAGGUGUCCUGGGUAUCAAAGAGACAACGUAUCACAUCCAGGUGUUCAAAUGUCAAUCUCUAGGCGACAUGUUAUUCAUGUGUUACCAAAGAAAAACUCUUCAUUUUUGUGUGCCAACCAAAAUUUUGAAAAUGAUCUGAAGGAGUGGCAAGUGUAAGGUGGACGAACAGAUGUGCAACUUGUACAUGUAUAUAGUGCUUGUUACUUCUUGGGAAUGAGAUUAUAGUUUUCCACAUGGUGGCAGAGCUGACAACACUUGGAGUGAGGAGUUAUGUUUAGAACUUUUUGAGUAUCCAUAUUCAAAAAUUUGA